GUAAGAGUUUGAGCUGCGCUGGGCUGGCAUCUGCACUCAGACGACUGGACCAUCACUGCAAGAAGCUCUCGUCCUGUUUUCUGUCUGUAUACCCUUGAGAUUUCUCUUUGUCGAUUGCUCCCCACUCGUUGUGUAUACUGUAUAUGACUCCACUGUCUUUUCUUCACAUUCAGUCAAACCUCCUUUGCACUCUCCUUGGCUAUCUCAUUUCCUUUGCCUUGUUUCUUUCUCAAAAAAUGCCGCACCACUCCCGGCCCUCGAUAGAUCUUGCCGUUCCGCGCAAAAUGAAGUCCAAUCCCGUCAUGGCCGGGGGAAGGAGCUCGUCUGCUUCGUCGGAUGAUCUCUUCUCCCCGGUGAUGGAGGUAGAUACCCCCAUGACAGAGUACCCCUUGGGAUCCCCUUCCCCCAUGUCCUUACCCCGUGAAGACAUUGAGAUUGCCUUCCUCCGCUCCCAAGCAUCCCUCAAGAAAUCGUCUAUUCUCAAUGAUCGGUUUGCAACUACUCUGGAUGGCCUGACCACUCGGGCCGUCGACGAGUUGUCCCUCUCCGAAAAAGUCCAAAGCCUUUCCGCUUUUGUGCGCGAGGUCCUCGACAGUGUCGACCAGGUGCAUGAGGAUGGCCCGCAGGAUAUUCUCAAGAAGUCCCUGCGGGUAUUCAACAAGCAUCUGUUCCAGGAUGAAGACAUCCACAGUGUUGUCGCUUCGCUGCCUCUCGAGCCGGAGGAGAAGUUCCAGAUCAUCCAGACCUACUACCAAGCUAUCAGUGUGACGCAGUUUGUCUCCCCAAAGUGGACGAGUGGCUUGUUGUCUGAUGCUCUCUGUCGUCGCGCGAACAUUGUGACGGUCUUCAACGGUCAGGGUGUGGAGGGCUACUUCGAGGAACUGCAGCAUCUCUUCGAUACCUAUCCCGGCCAGCUGGCUGAACCCUUGUAUAACCUGAGCAAACAAUUGAAGGGGCUUGCGGCCGACACCCGCGCUCAAGACAUGUACCCUCAUGGUCUUGAUGUCAUGGGCUGGUUGGCGAAGCCGGAGUCACGUCCGUCAGUCGACUAUCUCCUCUCUGCCCCCGUCAGUCAGCCUUUGAUCGGACUGGUCCAGCUACUCAACUACUACAUUACCUGCAAAAUUCUCAACAAGACCCCGGGGGAGUUUGCACGUCACCUCAGCGGCGCCGCAGGACACUCUCAAGGCAUCGUGGUGGCUGCUCUCUUGGCCACCGUUGUGUCGUGGCCGACCUUCUUCGACGCCGCACGCACCGCCCUCCAGGUGCUAUUCUGGAUUGGAUGUCGUUCCCAACAGUGCUAUCCCCCGAGCUCUAUUCCUCCUGCCCUGGUCGACCAGUCCGAACGGCUGAGCCCUAUGCUGAGUAUCAAGGGCGCCUCCCGCGAGCAGUUGCUGCAGCAUCUGGCCGAGCACAACAAGUAUCUGCCUGCCUCACAGCAAGCCGCUCUGGCUCUGCUGAAUGGUCGCCAGCAAUUCGUCGUCGCCGGCGAUCCUCUCUCCCUCUACGCCUUCGCUAACAAGGUCCGCACGGCUUCGAACAACUCCGGAGGCGCUCCAGCCAACAAUGCUCGCGUGCCCUUCAGGCAGAGAACCCCUCUGAUCACUGCGCGGUUCCUUCCAAUCUCUGUGCCUUUCCACACCAGUCUCCUAGAGGAUGCCUCUUCACAGAUUAUCGAGGACCUCCGCGGGGUGAAUGUCCCCGGGACCAGCCUGGUAUUUCCAGUUCUUCGCACCGACAAUGGGGCUGACCUGCGGGAAUAUGACAACUUGAUCCCCGAGCUCGUGCAUAUGGUGGUCUGUGGCAUCGUCGACUGGGAGAAGGCCACGCGGUUCCCUUCAGCCACGCACUUCCUGGACUUCGGUCCCGGACGCGAGACAGGCAUCGGCGCGUUCCUGUCGUCGGCCAAGGCCGGCACCGCGACGCGCAUCAUCCUCUCGACCACCCUGAGCGGACCCAGCAAGGCCUUGGGCUACAUGCCGGAACUGGUGAGCCGCAAGCGUUCAGUUGUCUACAAUACCAGUUGGGAACAGGACUAUGCCCCCCGCUUGGUCCGGGUCGGUGACGAGACGAUCCUCGACACCCGGUUCUCGCGGGUUCUGGGCCUGCCCCCGGUCAUGGUGGCAGGAAUGACGCCGACCACCGUCUCCCCGGACUUCGUCGCCGAGGUGAUGAACGCAAACUACCACAUCGAGUUCGCGGGUGGCGGCUACCACAAUGCCGACGGGAUGCGCGCUGCCCUACAACAGCUAGUGCAGUCCAUCCCGGCCGGCCGUGGCAUCACCUGCAACCUCAUCUACGCGAAUCCCCGGGCGAUGGGCUGGCAGAUUCCGCUACUCAGCCAGCUACGCAGGGAGGGCGUGCCGAUUACGGGCCUGACCAUCGGCGCGGGCGUGCCCUCCAUCGACAUCGCCAGCGAGUAUAUCCGUGACCUCGGACUCUCGCACAUCGCCUUCAAGCCGGGUUCGAAAGAUGCGAUUGACAGUGUGCUCCGCAUUGCCGAGGCGAAUCCCAAGUUUCCCAUCCUCCUGCAGUGGACGGGCGGCCGGGGCGGGGGGCAUCACUCGUACGAAGACUUCCACGAACCGAUCCUCGAGCGCUACGCACAGAUCCGCGCAUACUCCAACAUUAUCUUGGUGGCGGGCAGUGGCUUCGGCAGCAGCGAUGAUACCUACCCCUACCUGACGGGGUCGUGGUCCAAGGCACUCGGCUAUGCUGCCAUGCCCUUUGACGGAAUUCUGGUGGGCAGCCGUGUCAUGACGGCGAGGGAGGCGCGCACCAGCCCGGCGGUGAAGCAGGCGAUUGUGAAUACGCCCGGUGUGCCGGACGCGCAGUGGGAGAAGACCUACCAGAAGGCAACGGGCGGUGUUAUCACGGUCACGUCGGAGAUGGGGGAGCCGAUCCACAAGCUGGCGACACGCGGGGUGUUGCUGUGGGCUGAGCUGGACAAGCAGGUGUUCUCACUGCCUCCGCCGCAACGAGUUCAGGAGCUGCAGAAGCGAAAGGCCAGCAUCAUCCGGCGGUUGAACGCCGACUACGCCAAGGUGUGGUUCGGCGUGGACGCCCAGAGUCAUCCCUGCGAUAUCUCCGAGAUGACCUACGCCGAGGUGCUCCGCCGGGCGGUCGACCUCCUGUAUCUGAAGAGCCAGCAGGCAUGGAUCGACCCCUCGUAUCGGUCGUUUGUGGCCGACUUCGUGCGCUGCGUCGAGAGCCGCAUGAGCUCCCGCCAACCGCGCCCUCGCGCCGUGCUUCAACAUGAUGCACAGCUGGACCGUCCAGAGGCAUUCCUGGCCGACUUACUGGCAGCCUAUCCGCAGGCGCUGCACGAUGUGAUCGUCCGCGACGACGAGAACCAGCUGGCCAUGCUGUACAAGCAGCCGGGCCGGAAGCCACUGCCAUUCAUCAUUGCGCUGGAUGAGUCCUUCGAGUACUGGUUCAAGAAGGACUCGUUGUGGCAGUCGGAGAGACUUGAGGCGGUGAUAGACCAGGACAUCGGGCGCAUCUGCGUGCUACACGGUCCGGUGGCGGCGCAGUACACCACUGUGGCCGAUGAGCCGGUCAAGCAGAUCCUCGACAACAUUCACAAGCCACAUGUGCACGCAAUCCUGCAGCGACUCUACGCGGGCAAAGAAGCCCGGGUCCCUAGUCUGGAUUACCUGUACUCGGCCGGGGUAUUGCCGUCGACGGGCCCUCCGGUGGAGGUGGCCAAUGUCAACUAUGUCAAGCACAGCCGUUCCUACGACCCGCCGACACUGGCCUAUGAUCUCGAUGCCCUCGCCGAGACCCUUCCGACCGAGGAGCAGUGGCUCGAACUGAUUGGCGGGACGAAACCCUCGUGGCGCAAGGCCUUGGUGACGUUGAACGAGAUUGUGCAGGGCAAGAGACUGGCCAAGAACCCCAUCAAGGGCCUCUUCGCGCCGCGCGCAGGCCUCGGUGUGCGCAUCAUGCACCCUGACCGUCCGGAGAAGACAGUCAUCCUGAUGCGGCAGAGCAACAAAGGCCAGGAGAAGGACGAUGCCACUGUCGAGAUUCGCGCGCUGUCGGCCUCGGACCUCAUGCUCACGCUGCGAGCCCCCGUUACCGGUGGCGAUCUCCCGGUCGAUCUCGUCUUCUACUUCACGUACGAGCCUACGUAUGGCCAAAACCCCAUCCACGAAGUCAUGGAUACGCGAAAUCAGCGCAUCAGCCGCUUCUACGAGCAGCUCUGGGUCGGCGAUGCGCCGAAGGCAGGCAGCCGGCAUGAGCAGCGAAGCGAUGAUACCGUCCUAGUGACGCGCGAGGCGAUUCUGGAUUUCACCAAGGCCAUCGACAACCGGAAUAGCGCGUAUAGCGGGAAGAUGAAGUCCAAGUCUAAAUUGCUGGCGCCUCUGGACAUGGCCAUUGUGGUGGCCUGGAAGCCGUUGAUGCGUUGUCUCUUCACCGACGCCAUCAGUGGGGAUAUCCUGCAGCUCCUGCAUUUGAAGAACGACUUUCAGGUGCUCGACGAUGCGAGCCCCAUCUGCGAGGGCGAUGUCCUGUCGUCUGCCGCGGAGAUCGAGUCCAUUCGCAUCCGACCUGAGUCGGGGAAGGUUGUUCGCGUCCGUGCCACCAUCUCCAGGCAGGGGACGCCCAUCAUCACCGUGGGAAGUGAAUUCAUCCUCCAGGGCCGAUACGAGGAUUACCACAAUACGUUCGACAAGAACAAGGAGGAGCAGGUGUACAAGCUGCCGUUGCAGUCGCGGAGGGAAGUGAUUCUGCUGGCGUCGAAGCCCUGGUUCCAAAUUGCUGCCGGAGCCAGUCUCGAUGACCACCUGCAUGAGGAGCUCACCUUUCGACUGCGGAGUUCGUACCAGUUUCGCGAUGCCCACGCCUAUAGCGAGAUAGAGACUUAUGGAACUGUCAGCUGCACUGUCGGGACUGGGGAGGUGACCAUUGGAACAGUGAGGUUUAAGAGCCACUCGCACUUCAAAAACCCGGUGCUGGACUUCCUGAGCCGUCGCGGACAUGCAUCGACUGAGGUCAAAGAAUUUCCAACUUCCGUCCCUCUGGCGGCGGAGAUAGAGAUGACGAUGCCACAGUCCAGCAACCAUUACGCCUCCGCCUCGGGCGACAGCAAUCCCAUCCACCUGUCGCGGGCCUUUGCGCAGUAUGCCGGCCACGAUGGCCGGGUCAUCCACGGCAUGCAGACCAGCGGCCUCGUUCGGGGACUGGUGGAGCUGCACGCGGCGGAAAAUGACCCGACACGCAUGAAGACCUGGUCAGCCUCGUUCCAGGGCAAGGUGACGCCCGGCGAGACGCUGCUGGUGGACAUGAACCACACGGGCAUGAACCAUGGCCGUCUGAUGAUUGUCGCAACCGCCCGGUCCGCGGAGUCCGGUCUCGAGGUGUUUCGCGCCACCGCAGAGCUGGCGCAGAAGCCAGGAGCGUACCUUUUCACCGGUCAGGGCAGUCAGAAGCCUGGAAUGGGGAUGGAUCUGUAUGAGACGAGUGCCGCCGCGCGCCGGGUCUGGGACACGGCCGAGACAUUCUUCGUGGAUACCUACGGGGUUUCCAUCUUGGAGAUCGUGCGCAACAACCCUAAGGAGUACACGGUGCACUUCGGAGGAAGCCGGGGCAAGGCUAUUCGAGAGAACUACAUCUCGCUAGACUUCGAGGUGGUCAACGACCAAGGUGAGAUUGAGUCGGUGCGCGCUUUCAACGAAAUAACCCCGACCACGCGCUCCUUCACCUACACGUCCACCGGCGGGCUGCUGCACGAGACCAUCUUCACGCAGCCCUCGCUGGUGCUCAUGGAGCUGGCGCGCAUUCAUGACAUGCGGGAGCGCGGCCUGAUCAAUGAGGACAGCUGCUAUGCGGGGCACUCGCUGGGCGAGUAUUCGGCACUGGCAGCCAUGGGGGAGAUUUUCACUCUGGAGGGAGUUACGGCCACCGUCUUCUAUCGGGGGCUGACGAUGCAGAAGUCGAUCGAGCUGGACCAUUCUGGUCGAGAUUAUUCUAUGGUGGCUGCCAACCCCAGUCGGGUUUCCAAGAACCUUAAAGAAUCUGAUCUCUGUGACAUUGUCAAGGCAGUCGAAGCCGCAACCGGAGGACUCUGCGAGAUUGUCAACUUCAACGUGAAGUCGACCCAAUACGUGUGUGCCGGUGAUCUUCGAAGCUUGGACUGCCUGGCAGGCGUCGUCGACCACUUGGUGGCCCACCCCAAACUACUGGCGUCCAUGGACACGCUCAAGGCUGCCAUUCCCGACAUUGUGCAGGAAUGUCUCGCGCAGACUGAUGCCAAACCGACACCGUUGGAGCUUCAGCGUGCGAAAGCCACAAUCCCCCUAAAGGUCAACGUGCCAUUCCACAGUAGCCUUCUCCGCCCUGGGGUUGACACCUUCCGACGCAGCCUCUGCAAAGCCAUCCCCGAGCACAUGGUUCGUCCAGAGAAGCUGAUCGGAAAGUACAUUCCCAACCUGACGGCGCAGCCAUUUGAGUUGAGUAAGAGUUACUUUGAACAGGUGCUGGCCAUCUCUGAGAGCCCUCGUGUAAGGGAAAUCUUGGAGAAUUGGGAUCAAGUAGCACCUGUUGCUGUUUGUUGAGCAGGGGUGGGCUCCGGAUCCGAAAAUGUGAUAUUCCUUAGGCGUUGGAUUCAUUUCUCUUUUGCUUGACUUUCUGACGUGCAGAAAGUUUGAUAUUUGGAUUAUCGGUCCUGUAGAUAAUUUAUUUUUUCCCGUUUGCUUACUAGUUAACAUGAAGACGCUUUCUACGACAUUUUUCUG